AUGCCACUGCCGCUGCUGCCCGCCGUGGGCGCGCUCACCGCGGCGCCGCUAGCUCCGGCCACCGCCGCCCCGGCCGCGACUCCCCUUAGAUAUCGCCCCGCACGACUCCGCGCAUCUCCCUCCACGGCAUCCUCUCCUUCAACCUCGGCGGUCUCCAGCCCACGGCCUCCACCGUCCGCGAGGCAUUCCCGCAAGCACCUCGCGGGCAGAGGCGACGCCCCGGCGAGGCCCUCCAAGGACCGCAUCUUCUUCCUCGACGUCAACCCGAUCUGCUUCCGCGGCUCCCAGCGCAGCCUCGGUGCCUUCGCGCGAUGGCUCGCGCUCUUCUUCGCGCACGUCAGCCUCCGUGACCCUGUCGUCGCAGUUUUCGAUGGGGCAGGCGGGAACGAGUACAGGAGGCGGCUGAUGCCGUCGUACAAAGCCCACCGGACUCGUGGGGUAGGCACAGGUGCCGAUACGCGCGUGGUAGAUGUGCUCCGCGAGUGCAAUGUUCCGAUUGUGCAAGUCGAUGGGUAUGAGGCAGAUGAUGUAGUGGCUACCUUAACACACCAAGUGCUGCAGAAAGGUUAUAGAGUUGCAAUUGGAUCGCCAGAUAAAGAUUUCAAGCAGCUGAUAUCUGAAGAUGUUCAGCUAGUUAUGCCCAUUCCUGAGAUUGGCCGAUGGUCCUUUUAUACACUGAGGCAUUAUGUUGCACAGUACAAGUGCGAUCCAACUGCUGAUUUAAGCCUCAGGUGCUUCAUGGGUGAUGAGGCAGAUGGUGUUCCUGGAAUCCAGCAUCUGGCUCCUGGUUUUGGUCGCAAGACUGCAGUGAAACUACUGAACAAACACGGUUCAUUAGAAAACUUGCUUAAGACAGCUGCGAUUAGAACUGUUGGCAAGGAGUACGCCCAGGAUGUUCUCGUCAAGCAUGCAGAUUACUUGCGGAAAAACUAUGAAGUUCUUAGCUUGAGAAGGGAUGUAAAUGUUCAGCUUGACGAGAGAUGGUUAUCCACGAGGGACACUUGCAAUGACACCAGUGUAUUAUCUAAUUUCAUCCUUAAAUUCAAUGAAGGAAAAUGCUAAAUAGCAGGUACAGCAAAAUAUAGUACUACCAAUUUUGUUUUUUCCUCAUAAGCUCUACGUAGCAGGCAGGAUUUCAAUAGUUAGAUGCCACCUAAUCUCUUAGCAUUUAGACAACAAUGUUGCUUGGUCAGAGAAUUUUUGUCACUGGUCAUUAUUUGUAGUAUACUGAGAUUUACUGGUAUAACCACACGGAUCCUUUUGCUUGA